AUGACUGCAGCUUCUGUGGUGAUCGCCGCCGACCCUGCGGCACGACCAGGUCGCGGCAACGGCGGCGAUGAUAAGGACCUGCAAAAUUGGUCUUCGCUCAUUGGUAUUAUCACCGCCAUUGUCGGCAACAUUCUCAUCGCGCUCGCUCUUAACGUUCAGCGCUACGCACAUAUUCGACUGCAUCGAGAGCGCGCCCUGCUUCGGCGGAGAGCGAAAGAAGCCUUGAAACAUGCGCAGAACGGAGGCCAAGCCGGUCCCUAUGGCUCUGUCGGCGUCGGCGGUGAUGGAGGCCGGCUCGAAGAGCAGCAAGAAAACGGACAUCACGAUACCGGCGAAUCCGAACCCCUGACGAGAUCGUUCCGCUCCGAAGACUCCAUCGGUUCCGACUAUUCCGGCGACGACGAAAAAGCCUCCUCCACAUAUCUUAAAUCGCCGUACUGGUGGAUGGGGCAGAUCCUGAUUACCUUGGGCGAGCUUGGUAACUUUUUGGCAUAUGGCUUUGCUCCCGCCUCGAUCGUCUCGCCUCUGGGUGUUGUCGCUUUGAUAUCCAACUGCAUCAUCGCGCCGAUACUCUUCAAAGAGAAGUUCAGACAACGCGACUUUUGGGGGGUCAUUAUUGCUGUCGCAGGCGUCGUAAUCGUCGUCCUGAGCGCCAAGCAAGAAGAAACCAAACUAGAUCCGCACGAUGUCUGGGAUGCCAUUACGACCUUGGAGUUCGAGAUAUACCUUGCCAUUACGGUCUCUCUGAUCAUUGUACUCAUGUGGGCGAGCCCGAGAUACGGCCAUAGAACAAUAUUAAUUGACUUGGGUUUGGUUGGUCUAUUUGGUGGCUUUACCGCUUUAUCUACCAAGGGCGUGUCUUCGAUGCUCUCGUCAACUCUUCUGGGAGCUUUCAAAACCCCCGUCACCUAUGCCCUUCUCUUCGUCCUCCUCUUCACCGCCGUUAUGCAAGUGCGAUACGUCAAUAAGGCACUACAAAGAUUCAGUUCCACCCAGGUCAUCCCCAUCCAGUUCGUCACGUUCACCCUCUGUGUCAUUAUUGGCAGCGCCGUCCUUUACAGGGACUUCGAGAGGACAUCGACCGAACAAGCCGUCAAGUUUGUUGGUGGCUGUUUGUUCACCUUCUUUGGCGUCUUUCUCAUUACUAGUGGCAGGCGAGAGGAAGAUAUGGACGACGGCGUAUCCGAUGCCGACGGUGCGGAGGAAACGAUUGGCCUGGCCGAACAAGAUCCUGCGCAGCCGCUCCCGCCUUCAUCCGUCUCGAUUUUAUCAACAUCGCGCCGGUCUUCAAAGGCUUCCAUCGGCUUCCCCACGAAUAAUGGGUCAAAGCCUUUUAGUAUGCAGCAUGACUCUGGAAUCCCGUCGCUUCGGGUUCCGGCCGCGGCUUCGGCCGGAAAUCUUGUUGGCACUGAGUCCGAACCCCUGUUAGCCAAUCCAUGGAGUAACGCCGCAGACGAGAUUCUCCCUCCGCCCGGCACACGAACAAUCUCAGAUGACUCCAUAGCCACUUUCCCCGUCUUGGGUUUCUCUCCAUCAGAGCCAGUAACCCCGAUUUAUGACGGGCAUUUACAACCUGGUCUCACUGAUAGACCGGUAACCCCUCGCCCAUCCAUGCCCAGUCAGCGACCUCACAGCCAUCAGUACCCGGGGCCGCUGUUUUCCCCGUCCCCGCUAUCUUCCACAGUCAGUGCAGUGGUCAAGGACACUCUGCUUAGGAACGCAGAAAGUCCGUUGAUGCGCAGAGCGUCCGUGAGAAGGCUACGGUCAAGUAUACGAGCCAGUCUUUUUAUGCCCGAGCACGAGGAUGAUGCAGACAUCGACCCGGAAAGCCAGGAUUUGAUGGGUCGGUCUCACGGAAAUGGAGAUGGAGGGCCACCAGAGCGUACUCGAACAGCUGGCGAGGACGCUCCUCGAGGAUAUCAGACUGGGAGACCUCGAAGCCUAAGUGAUACGUUGGGUGAGUUUUUUAGGGUAAAGAGGAAAAGAAGAGAUGUCUACACCGACGCAGAAGAGGAGGAAGUGUGA